UUUCUCUCAUAAACCCUAACUUGUUGCCCAAGCUACGGUGAUAUGCAGCCGGCAACAGACGUUUUCAGCCUCAGUAAUUACAUAAUCUCUUCAAACCCGUCUCCAUAUCCCUCUCAUUUCACUAUACCUUCAUCAUUUGACCUCAAUGGACAAAUACCGAAUCCGUUCCACGGCUUCCAGACAACUACUGCUGCACAGUCCGUGAGCUUCAGCAGCAACAAUUCGACAUCAGACGAAGCAGAAGAGCAGCAAAUAAACAUAAUCAACGAGAGGAAACAGAGGAGAAAGAUAUCGAACAGAGAAUCCGCGAGAAGGUCACGUAUGAGGAAGCAAAGACACCUCGACGAGCUCUUGUCACAGGUUAUGUACCUCAUGAAUCAGAAUCACCAGUUGUUGGAAAAGCUUAACCAUGCGUCGGAGUCUCAUGAGAAGGUUCUUCAGGAGAACGCUCGGCUUAAAGAAGAAGCAACCGAACUCAGGCAAAUGAUCACUGACAUGCAGAUUCGGAGUCCCUUCUCUUGUUUUGGAGACGAUUUCAGAGCUGAAUCUCCAUAGAAUAUAUAUAUAUAUAAAACAUUUUUUCCGGUGCCCAUUUCACGUACUAGUGUUGCCAAGCAGUAGAGGCUUAGCUUUCUGCUUAUAUGAUUAUAUAUAUAUGUUCAUCUAGUAUUAUAGAUCAAGGGAUCGUUACCUUGUUUUAUAAGGCGUUAUAAGUCUA